AUGUCUGGCCUGGGAGGUGACUUUGGUCGCCGCUUUGAGCGCGAGACCUGGGCCCUCUAUGGCGUCGGCGUCUUCGGCGCUGUCCUCCGAUUUGUUGCCCGUGUUCGACGUCUCGGUGUUCGCAAUCUCCAAGUCGAUGACUACCUGAUGGUCUUCGCCGUCGUCUGGUAUACGAUCCUAUGUGUCGCGCUUAACCAAGUAGCAACGGGUGGAGGAUCAAAUUUGAUGACGGAAGAAGAUGAGAAGCAUUUAACACCCGCAAUUAUUGCCGAGCGCGAGCGGGGCAGUAAAUGGGUGUUUGUCUCUGAACAUGCCUUCGUCUUGGCUAUCUGGAGUUUGAAGGCGUGCAUGCUGGUGAUUUAUUGCCGUAUCACAGAGGGCCUGCGCCAACGAAAAUGGAUCAACUAUAUCGCUAUCUACGUUGCGCUCGGAUUUGUCGCUACCGAGCUGUCGCUUUUCCUCAUCUGUCGCCCCCUCUCUAACUACUGGGCCGUGCCCACGCCGAACUAUCAAUGUUCGUCCUACCAGCAGUACGAAAUCGUCCAAGGAUGUCUCUCCAUCUCCGCUGAUGUGUUCAUGCUGGUUGUCGCCAUUCCGAUGCUGGUGCAGGUCCGCGUUCCUCCAAAGCAGAAGCUGAUCCUGCUUCUCCUCUUUGGCAUGGGUAUCUUCGUCAUCGUGGCGGCUGUUCUCAACAAGGUGUACUGCCUUGUUCCCUCGCUUAUUUCCUACGUCUACAUGAACUGGUAUUUCCGGGAAGUUACUGUUGCCAUCCUGGUCACCAACCUGCCGCUCAUCUGGUCUCUGCUCCGCGAUGUCUUCCCCGCUCUUAAGAGCUGGACUGGGGGAUCUAAACGAGGCACCGACCGCUACAAGUCCGCACCCUGGACCAGCAAGAACUCCCGACCCUACGACUCUCGACCUUACGGACCGCACAGUCAACUGCGCUCGGGCGACUUCAGCAUGAACGACAUCCAGCGAGAUACCCUGCAGAAGGGGGACACCGCGGUUUCCGACGUCAGCCUCGGCGCAAGUGAGGAACGGGAUAUGAGUAGCGACGAUGGAUCCGCUCGAGCCCUGCGGAUCCGGCAGGACAUCACCGUCACUGUGCAGCAUGACUCGCGGCCGCCCGACUAUCAGUCUAGCGCAUCGCAUACCGCCCGGGUCACUGGCGAGCAUGAGGAUGUCUAA